UGCAUAGCAGUGUUCUCAUGGCAAUCGCAUCCGCUUUACCCUUUUCUUCUCUUUCUGAAUAGAGAUGAAUAUCACAACAGGGAAACGGAGGCGCUGUUGGUGGGAAGACGGAGAGACGCUUGGAGGUAGAGACCUCGUCGGCGGUGGGACGUGGCUCGGUUGCAGCAGGAAUGGCCGUAUCGCUUUCCUCACCAAUUUCAGGGAGACCUCCUCCAUCCCCGAUGCUAAAUCCCGCGGACAUCUCCCUCUUCGUUACUUGCAGAGCGAAAAGAGCCCUGCCGAGUUUGCCCAGGAGAUCGAAAAGGAGGCUUCUCUCUACAACGGCUUCAACCUCGUUGUCGCUCAUGUCUUGUCCAAAUCCAUGUUUUACGUUACCAACCGCCCACUCCACGGUGACAAGCAGCACCUCGUUACGCUUGUCUCUCCAGGGAUCCAUGUCCUUUCCAACGCCAACCUCGACUCUCCUUGGCCCAAGUGUCUCAGGUUGAGAGACGCUUUCAAUCACCUUCUCACCCAAAACCAAGGUGUUGAAUUCCCCCUUAUGACUAUGGUGGAGGAGGUGAUGACUGAUACUCUCAAGGACCAAGAACCUGUCCUGCCUCCCGUUUUCACUCCAGAGAUUGAAUACCAUCUCAGCUCUAUCUUCGUCGACAUUCCUAGACCUCCUGGUCGUUAUGGGACCAGAAGCAUCUCCGCCCUCACCAUCAAGUCCCACGGUGAGCUCUGUUUCUUCGAGAGGCAUCUUGAACAUGGUGGUUCCUGGAAGGACCACACUCAACACUUUGUUAUACAAAAUCAAUGCUUUACUUGACUCCCUCUCUCUCUCUCUUUUUUACAAGACUUAUCACAUUUGUAAUUUGUGCUUGUAUCUACUACAUAUAGAGAAAACAGCGCUCAUGUCUUUUAUUCCAA